CAGUGAGUUAAGAAGCCAUUUGGGACACAGCCUGAGUGUUUCCAGCUUCACAGAAUGACUGUUCACGGCUUGUUUUGAUGUAACUGAGCAAGGCUGCUUUUUCGGGCGCAGUUGAUAUUUCUACUAAUUAAUUAAUAUAUCUAUUAAUUCAUCGAAAGCGGAAAUCAUUUCGCUGUCACCUGAUAACGGAUAAAGGGUUGACAGCCAAGUAAACCAUGGAGUCCAUGCUCAAUAAGUUAAAGAGCACUGUUACCAAGGUGACGGCUGACGUCACCAGUGCUGUGAUGGGAAACCCUGUGACGCGGGAGUUUGAAGUCGGCCGCCACAUUGCCAGCGGAGGACCGGGGAUGAGCUGGAGAAUCUACAAUGGCACAAAGAAGUCUACCAAGCAGGAAGUAGCAGUCUUUGUAUUUGAUAAGAAGAUUAUUGACAGAUAUCAGAAGUUUGAGAAGGACCAGAUCAUCGAUUCGCUCAAACGAGGAGUUCAGCAGUUAACACGCUUACGACACCCACGCCUUCUCACAGUUCAGCAUCCUUUAGAGGAGUCAAGGGACUGUCUGGCCUUCUGCACAGAGCCUGUGUUUGCUAGCUUGGCUAAUGUGCUGGGCCAGUGGGACAAUCUGCCUAGUCCUGUUCCCACAGACAUCAAAGAGCACAAACUCUUCGACGUGGAGACAAAGUAUGGCUUACUACAGAUAUCUGAGGGCCUGUCCUUCCUGCACAGUGGGGUGAAGAUGGUGCACGGUAACCUGUGUCCAGAGAACAUCAUCCUGAAUAAGAGUGGAGCUUGGAAAAUCAUGGGCUUCGAUUUCAGCAUUUCUUCCAGCAACCCGUCAGAUGCAGAGCCCAAAUAUGUAUGUAAAGAGUGGGAUCCCAAUCUGCCCCCUCUCUGCCUGCCUAAUCCGGAAUACUUGGCUCCAGAGUACAUCCUGUCUGUCAGCUGUGACUCCGUCUCUGACAUGUACUCCCUGGGCGUGAUCAUGCAUGCAGUCUUCAACGAGGGGAAGCCAGUGUUCCAGGUCAAUAAGCAGGAUAUUUUCAAGAGUUUCAGCAGGCAACUAGACCAGUUGAGUCGUCUGAGUCCAGGAGUGCUGAGUAAGAUCCCAGAGGAAGUGCGGGAGCAUGUGAAGAUGCUGCUGAGCGUCACAGCCAACGUCAGACCAGAUGCAGACCAGAUGACGAAGAUCCCGUUCUUUGACGAUGUGGGCGCCGUGACGCUACAGUAUUUCGACUCGUUGUUCCAGAGAGACAAUUUACAGAAGUCACAGUUCUACAAAGGACUUCCUAAAAUCCUUCCCAAGCUGCCCAAGAGAGUGAUAGUGUACCGGAUCCUUCCAGCCCUCACCUCUGAGUUUGUGAAUCCAGACAUGGUACCGUUUGUGUUGCCCAACGUGCUGCUCAUAGCAGAAGAGUGCACCAAAGAAGAGUAUGUGCGUCUGAUCCUACCAGACCUCACCCCAGUGUUCAAACAGCAAGAACCCAUUCAGAUUCUGCUAAUAUUCUUACAAAAGAUGGACCUGCUUCUGACCAAGACGCCCUCCGAGGACAUCAAAAACAGUGUGCUCCCUAUGGUUUACAGAGCACUAGAAGCUCCCUCUACUCAAAUCCAGGAGUUGUGCCUGAAUAUUAUCCCCACCUUUGCCAACCUGAUUGACUAUCCAUCCAUGAAGAACGCGCUUAUUCCUCGUAUCAGAUCGGCUUGUUUACAGACUUCCUCUCUGGCUGUGAGGGUGAACUCCUUGGUGUGUCUUGGGAAGAUUCUGGAGUAUCUAGAUAAGUGGUUUGUCAUCGACGAGAUCCUGCCAUUCUUACAGCAGAUACCCUCCCGUGAGCCUGCUGUACUCAUGGGCAUUCUGGGCAUCUAUAAGUGCACAUUUACCCAUAAGAAGCUAGGCAUCCCAAAAGAGCACCUUGCAGGAAAAAGUCUGCCUCAUCUGGUCUCCCUUAGUAUCGACAACAACCUUAAUCUCAACCAGUUUAACUCUUUCAUGGCCGUGAUCAGAGAUAUGCUGAGUCGGAUGGAGGCAGAGCACAAGACCAAGCUGGAGCAGCUCCACAGCAUGCAGGAGCAGCAAAGGAGCCUUAACCUCAACCAAAUAAAUCCAUCAGAAGAGACAAAGAGCAACCCCAGUCCACCCAGUCAAGUUCGAGAUAUUGAUGACAUCUUUGGUGGGAGUUCAGUAAGCGCAGGAGUGAACGGCAAAGAGAACGGCUCCUCCACUGCCCCCUCCCAGCCCUCGAGAGUGUCUCUGACUCUGGAGGAGAAGCAGCGCUUGGCUAAGGAGCAGGAGCAAGCAGCCAAACUGAGGAACCAGCAGCCUCUGGCCCCACAGAGCAUUAAAACUGCUACAACAUCCACAACGACACAGGCAAAAGACCUGACCAGCAGUCUCCUGAACAACAUGACCUCGCUGAACAGCCUCUCUCUGAGCUCUGGCUCUCGCACAGCACCCAUGCAGACUGGUGCACUCUCAUCUGGCUUCUCCUCUACACCCACUGUGGCUGGCAUGGGCACCAUGGCCCCCAUCAGCAAUGGGUUCAACUCUCCCAUGGGUUUCCAAACAGGAGGCAUGGGCAUGAGGCCUGCUGCGCCCGGCCUCUACGGAGGCAUGGCCGGCACCAACAGUACACCGAAUUUCAGUGCCCUCUCACAGAAUCAGAAUCAGUCCAGCAAGCCGCCUGACAUGUCCUCCCUGGACUCUCUGUUCUCAGCUAGCAAGCCCAAAGUCAGCCUCAACCAAAUGGUCUCCAAACCAGCUGCAGGCAUCACACCCUCCCCCUGGAUCAACCAGUUUGGUACAGGCCAGUCCUCUCAGACUGCACCCAUGCAAGCAGUACCGAUGGGGGUGCAGGGAGGGUUCGGAAUGCAGGCUAACCCUUUCUUCAGCCCCCAGAACUUCUCUCAGCCUGCUGCUGCUCCCCCCACCAUGAAUACAGGCGUAAAACAGAGCAUGUCGGUCAAUAACGAUCUGAAAGACCUCUUCGGUUAAAACGCUUCUUGUUUCCAUCUGCUUAGUGAGAGGAAGGUUAAAGGAGAUGAAUCAAGACAGACCAUUGUUUUGUUUUGUUUUGUUUAUUGUGCUGGACCUUGCAGUCAAUCAGAGGAAGACCACCAGCCUUAACCAUGCAGGGUCACAUGUCACACUAGUCUUACAAGUUGCACAUGUUUUACUGUUAUCCCCAUCCGAAUACUGCCCGCUAGGCAUAAGUGUUCCUUUGGUUUGAUCUCUAAUCUCACACACACACACACACACACACACACACGUACACACGUACACAUACACAUGAAGGCUGAAUUUUCCCGAAAUGAGGAGAAGGCAUGGAUAAAGCAAUGGUGGUGCUUCUGUGCUUCACCUGGUGAAGAAGCCAGUUUACUUGAAUAGGAAAUGGUGCAGGAAUUUGCUUUUUACUAACUUCACACCAACUUCUUGGUAGACUUUUGGAAGAGCGAGCAAAUGGAAAACAUGAGUGGGCUAUGGUCUCUUCUUCCUUAAAAGUAAUAGAUGGCCUGCUGAUUAUUUUGUAGCUUUCACAACAGACUUCCACGUUGUUGCUCACAGUCGCUAGCUAGCGAAUGUUACCAGUAUGUUCCUUUAUAAAGUAACACCACACCAGGACUUCUGAUCUAAAUUUAGCUCUGUCCUGACAAAGAAAAAUGCGAAGCAAAUAUCUGGUGUAGUUUCUGCUAAAAUAGAAUAUUAAUUUACUUCGUGACCCUUUAUUGCGAGGUUCAGGGUCAUACAUUAGUUCAAUUUUGCACCAUUUUAUUGUUCCAUGCUUUUUAUCUUAUCUUAACACUCACUGCGCUGAGUUCAGCAGCAUUUGAUGCCCAAACAUUCAACUGAAUUUCAGGCGAGUUGACUGAAUUGACGAUCCGUUGGUUUUCAAUUAGAUUUAAAAGUCAUUUUUGUGUAAGAACAGUUCAGUGAAAUUCAGUGCUCUAAACAGCAAUUUGAUUAAGAAGUGGAUUGUGGAUCAAAAUGGAUUCUAAUGCAUUAAACAUUUUCUCCCGUGGCCCUCCCUCGUAUUUCUAUUACCGAUAGGCAUCACUUAAUAAAUCACAAAUCAUUAGAUUUUUAACAUUUAAAAUCAAAUUGUGACCGAUGCAUUUGAUUCGAUAUUGUUUUAUUUCUUUUUAAUAUGGAUGCUGUUGCAUCCUGACAAAUAUUAAUCAAUGCAUCAAGGAAAUUCUAGUUUUUUGUCCCCAUUUUCAAUACAGUAUUGAUAACUGAGCUUGAUACAUAAUGCAGUGAUACAUACGCAAAACACUGAUUUGAUAUUGACAUUUCCCAGUUGUAGAGGAGGCUGUUUGUAAGGUGGAAUAAUGCUUCGACAUUGCGUACAAAUAGGGAAAAUUGUUGCUUGAAGUCAUGUGCUUUCAUGGCAUAUAUAUAUGAUAUAUAUCAUAAGUGAAUGAUUGGGUUCAUUCUGAUACAAAUCCACAGUUUCAGGUUAGCAUCAGAAUGGUAUCAAUAUUCAGUGUAGGAUCAGUGCGUCACAUCUCACCUCACUUUUCCCGCAAGUGUUGGUGGAGGAGUAAAUAAAUCACAAAUCUGGUUUGCGCUAGCGAUGUACGUCCAGACCAGCUGUUCAGAUUUGAAUCGUAGUAUUUCAGGAAAUGACCACACUGGUGCGGAUGAACUGUUUAUACCAUGCUGUGUAAAUGUGGUCCUGACAAAGGAUGAUAAGUGUGAGGAUCUGAAUGUUUGUAUUUUUACAUGUAUGCUGGAGUUAUGAUGAACUAACAGUGUGCUGGGUUGGGAUGGAGUGUAAUGGAGCAAAUUCUUGCUGAUGGUGACAGAAGCAUAUGGAAGCAGGUUGAGUACUUGGAGAAAUUCUUGGACCUAGAGAUCAGGAAAGAUUUCUCUAUGGGUAUAAAUUGGAAUCUGACCACUUAGAAAGCUGCGAGACUUCAUUGUAAUGUGGUGUCAGUGUAGGUUUGGUUUGUGUCUGGCUUUGUGUUUGUCCAGCUGCUGCUGUUUGUGUGAGUAAUUUCUGUUUAGUGUUUGCGUUUCUCGUUACUGAUUGUUUUCACUGGAGCCCACGUGAUGGUAGCAUUGACACUGAGCGGAUUCAAAUGCUUAAAAAUUCUUUUUAAAAUCACACAUAGACCAACCUAACCUUUUAUUCUUUAUCAUGACCAAAUAGAUAUCAUGACUGUGUAUUAUAUUUACAUAUCAUUUGAAUGAAGUGUAUAGUAAACUGAGAUUUAUUUGACAUUGGUUAAGAGGUUUUUUUUUUUUUUUUUUUUUUAAUAUAUUGUCUUGGGAUCACUUUCAUAAAGGGGACCUCUGAGUAUAAAUGUACAAAAGAAAGAAGCCUUAUGAAGAGAGGUGUGCAAUAAUAGGUCUUGUAAGGGUUUUGUAAAAUUGGCUUGAAGUCAAUGCGUGUUUUAUCACAUACGAUUUUCAUAUAUGGACAGUAUCGAAUCUAUAUAAUACACCCACAUGUCCUUAAAGUCACGUUUCCAGUUAUUUUAGAUAUAGGCUGAAAGUAAGUCCAUGAACUUGAACAGAAUCAUAGAAAAUAUUUGUAUUUCAUCCAUUUCCUUUUGAACUGUCCAUUGCUCUGUCAUGAUCUGGUUUCAGUUGCCAAUAAGUAAUUUGACCUCUGAAUCAAAGAUUAAAAACAGAAACAAAGCCUAUUCUUCUAUCUUUAUAUUAUACUAAUGUAAUAUGUGUACAGUGUGGCACUUUUGUGAUCUUUGUAUCGUGUUACGAGAUUGUACUGUCUGAAGUUGACAAUUUGAUGAAAAUCUGUAAAUAUUUCUCAAAAUACACACGCUGAUGUUCUCUUUGAAGCUUUUCAGUCAUUUUGUCAAACAGAUUUGAUUGUGUAGAUUCUUAAUUGCAGUGUAUAGUUUUGGACAGAAAAUAGAUUUGAAGAAUAACCAGAAAGUUUAAAUAAAGAUCUUCAAACAA